AUGGCUCUUCUGCGACUUGUUGCUAACGAGUGCCGCAAUGUACUGCAACGUGGCUACAGUACAGCCUCCGUGCCGACCACGAAGAUGUUCAUCGAUGGCAAGUUCGUCGAGUCGAAGACGAACGAUUGGAUCGAUCUGCAUGAUCCUGCCACGAACGAGGUGGUAACGCGUGUUCCCAAGUGCACUCAGGACGAGAUGCAAACUGCCGUGGAAUCCUCCAAGAAGGCAUUCAAGACCUGGCGCCAAUCGUCCAUCCUGAGCAGACAGCAGGUUAUGUUCAAACUGCAGCACAUUAUCCGCAACAACAUGUCGGAGCUGGCCAAAAACAUCACCAAGGAGCAGGGCAAGACACUGAUCGAUGCCGAGGGCGACGUUCUGCGUGGACUGCAGGUUGUGGAGCAUUGCUGCAGCAUCACGUCACUGCAGAUGGGUGAAACUGUGCCAAACAUUGCGAAGGAUAUGGACACUUACUCGUACACACUGCCGUUGGGCGUAACGGCCGGUAUUGCCCCGUUCAACUUCCCAGCCAUGAUUCCGCUGUGGAUGUUCCCUGUCGCUAUCACGUGCGGUAACACGAGCAUAAUCAAGCCCUCGGAACGCGUCCCUGGAGCGACGAUGCUGCUGAUGGAGAUGCUAAACGAGGCAGGCUGUCCACCCGGUGUUGUAAAUGUGAUUCACGGUGCCCAUGAUGCGGUCAACUUUGUCUGCGACAAUCCCGACAUUCGCGCGGUUUCGUUCGUUGGUUCUGACCAGGCGGGCAAGUACAUUUAUGAGCGUGCGGGUCGCAACGGUAAGCGCGUGCAGUGUAAUAUGGGUGCGAAGAACCAUGGCGUCAUUAUGGCUGAUGCGAACAAGGAGAACACACUCAAUCAGCUGGCUGGUGCUGCGUUCGGUGCGGCCGGACAGCGUUGCAUGGCCCUCUCGACGGCUGUGUUUGUUGGUGAGGCAAAGAACUGGAUUCCCGAUCUGGUGGAGCGCGCACGCAAGCUGAAGGUCAAUGCGGGUCACGUGCCCGGUACGGAUCUCGGACCGGUCAUUUCCCCACAGUCGAAACAGCGCAUUCACGAGUUGGUAGAGUCGGGUGCGAAGGAAGGUGCGAAGAUAGUGCUGGACGGACGGGAUAUUAAGGUGGACGCCUUCGCGAAGGGUAACUUUGUCGGACCGACCAUUAUCAGUGACGCGAAGCCAAACAUGAAGUGCUACACUGAGGAAAUCUUUGGCCCGGUGCUGGUGUGUCUGUCCGUCGAUACGAUCGAUGAAGCAAUCGAGCUGAUCAACGACAACCCGUAUGGCAAUGGAACGGCCAUUUUCACCACAAACGGUGCAACGGCGCGCAAGUUCGUGAACGAUAUCGAUGUCGGACAGGUUGGUGUGAACGUACCGAUCCCGGUUCCGCUGCCAAUGUUCUCGUUCACUGGCAGUCGGGGCAGUUUCCUGGGCGAUUGUCACUUUUAUGGCAAGCAAGGCAUCAAGUUCUACACGCAGACGAAAACCGUCACGCAGCUGUGGCGCGAGGGUGAUGUGAGCCACACCAAGGCAGCCGUUGCCAUGCCAACGAUGAAGUAA